GGCUGCCCGGGCUGUGCUGGGCCCCACAACACCUGGGCCUCCUCCCAGUGGGCGCAGGCGGCCCUCCCUGGAGGGGCUCGGCUCGGUCCCCAGGUCCCCAGGUCCCCAGGUCUGGCUCCUUCUCCACCCUGCCCAGUCACAGCAGCACUGCCCUCAUGCCAGUGGGCAGGCUGGUACGUGGACUGGGCCCAGGAACUGCCCGCCACCUCCCAGGGCUCGGCGGUGCCCUCUGAGGCCCUGGCCGGCCCGCCGUAGGACGCUCUGUUUAUCUAUUUAUUGCUCCUCCCUCUCCCCGUAACUUUUGAUUUCCUCGCUGCGUUUUUCCAUUACGAUGACCGUGGACUCCACUGAUAAGAUCGGUCCCCAGAGAUGGGACAAAGGGUCCGCCGUCGGCUCGAGGGCUGGUCAUAUCCUGCACGAAAGGGCCUGAGACGAGAGGAGCUGGAGCCGGUGCUGCGGGACGGGCGGAGGUGCGUGCAGGCCCGACUCAGCCUCGCCGAGGGCCUGUCCUGGGGCCCGUUCCAGGGGAGCAUCCAGACCAGAGCCUCGUCCCCCCGGCCCGCAGAACCGGGCCCGGCCCUGACCCUGCUUCUGGUGGAUGAGGCCUGCUGGCUGAGGACACUGCCCCAGGCCCCGACAGAGGCCGAAGCCAACGCAGAGAUCCACAGGAAGGAUGACACCCUCUGGUGUAGGGUCACCAAGCCAGUGCCUGCAGGUGGACUCCUGCAUGUGUUCCUCAUGGCCGAGCCCUGCGGCCACCCUGUGAAGAAGGAGCCCGCAGAGCCCGAGUGUCCAGCCCCAGUGCCCACCGAUAUCCAGCUCCUGCCCCAGCAGGCCGGCAUGGCAUCGAUCCUGGCCUCUGCAGUCAUCAACAAGGAUGUCUUCCCCUGCAAGGACUGCGGCAUCUGGUACCGAAGCGAGCGCAACCUGCAGGCCCACCUGCUCUACUACUGUGCCAGCCGCCAGAGCGCCGGCUCCCCAGCCACGGCGGCCACGGAGGAAAAGCCCAAGGAGUCCUACCCCAACGAGCGCGUCUGCCCCUUCCCCCAGUGCCGUAAGAGCUGCCCCAGUGCCAGCUCCCUGGAGAUCCACAUGCGCAGCCACAGUGGAGAGCGGCCCUUCGUGUGCCUCAUCUGCCUGUCAGCCUUCACCACCAAGGCCAACUGCGAGCGCCAUCUCAAGGUGCACACAGACACACUCAGUGGUGUCUGUCACAGCUGUGGCUUCAUCUCCACCACAAGGGACAUCCUCUACAGCCACCUGGUGACCAACCACAUGGUCUGCCAGCCCGGCUCUAAGGGUGAGAUCUACUCUCCAGGGGCCGGACAUCCAGCUGCCAAGCUGCCCCCAGACGGUCUUGCCAGCAUCCAGCAACACUCAGCCCCACAUGGCCCCCGGGCCUCGGGGGACCUAGGCUUGGCACCUGCCCCAUCACCAGGACAAGACAGGAAGGUCCUGGUUGAGGCCACCAACGGAGAGGCCAGAGUGGCCCCCCAGAAUGGCGACGGCAGUGAGACCCCUGCAGCUCCCAGGAGCAUCAAGGUGGAGGCGGUGGAGGAGCCAGAGGCAGCCCGUGCUCCCGGCCCUGGAGAGCCAGGGGCCCAGGCCCUGUCGCGGACACCAUCACCGCACAGUCCGGCUGCGGCCAGGGUGAAAGCCGAGGUGUCCAGCCCCACGCCCGGCUCCAGCCCGGGACCCGGCGAGCUGGGCCUGGCUGGAGCGCUCUUCUUGCCGCACUACGUGUUCGGGCCAGACGCGGGCGCUCCCUCGGGCGCGCCGCAGGCCUCCGAGAUCCUGGCCAAGAUGUCGGAGCUGGUGCACAGCCGGCUGCAGCAGGGCGCGGGCGUGGCCGGGACCCCAGCCGGCCUCUUCGCAGGGGCCAAGGGCGCCACGUGCUUCGAGUGCGAGAUCACCUUCAACAACGUCAACAACUUCUACGUGCACAAGCGGCUCUACUGCUCCGGCCGCCGCCCGCCUGAGGACACGCCCGCCGCGCGCAGGCCCAAGGCGAUUCCGGGCCCGCCGCGGGCGACCCCCGGCCCGCCCGCCGAGCCUGAGGCGACGCGCUCGUCGCCGGGCCCCGGGACGCGCGAGGACGAGGCGGGCGGUGCGGCCACGCCCGAGGCCGAGGCGGCCGGCCGGGGCAGCGAGGGCAGUCAGAGCCCGGGCAGCUCGGUGGACGACGCGGAGGACGACCCCAGCCGCACACUGUGCGAGGCCUGCAACAUCCGCUUCAGUCGCCACGAGACCUACACGGUGCACAAGCGCUACUACUGCGCUUCGCGCCACGACCCUCCGCCCCGCCGCCCGCCCGCGCCCGCGCCCACCCCGGGGACCGCGCCGCCCGCCCUGACCGCGCCGCCCGUGCGCACGCGCAGGCGCCGCAAGCUGUACGAGCUGCACGCGGCAGGUCCGGCUCCGCCGGCGGCAGGCCCCGCCCCCGCCCCUCCGGGUCCCGCGCCCGAGCCGCCCGCCUCGCCGCGGCCGGGAAGCGGGAUCGCAGGCCCCGCCCCCGAGCCCGCGGCCGACGGCCCCAUUGACCUGAGCAAGCGGCCCCGGCGCCAGCCCCCAGACGCCCCGGCUGCGCUGCCCGCGCUCGCCGACUACCACGAAUGCACGGCGUGCCGCGUGAGCUUCCACAGCCUCGAGGCCUACCUGGCGCACAAGCAGUACUCGUGUCCCGCCGCGCCGCUGCGGCCGGCCGCCGCCUGCCCCUACUGCCCCCCAAGCGCGCGCGCCCGCGGCGACCUGCUGGAGCACCUGCGCCUGGCGCAUGGCCUGCGCGUGGCCCGGCCCGAGCCCAGCACGCUGGACAGCCCCGAGGGCCGAGCGCCGCGCUCUCCGUCCCCGCCCGCUCCCAAUGCGGACCCCGCCGACCUGGGCACAACGACGCCCAGCAAGGGCCCGCCCGCGCCCGCGGCGUCCAGCCACCGCUACUGCCGCCUGUGCAACAUCAGGUUCAGCAGCUUGUCCACCUUCAUCGCGCACAAAAAGUACUACUGCUCAUCGCACGCCGCCGAGCACGUGAAAUGAGCCAGCCGCGCGGACCCAGCCCGCGUGGACCCGGGCACUCAAUAAAGACUUUCGCUGUGA